UCACGGAGGGUUUUAGCAAAUUCGCUGAACCGUUUUAUUCAGCAAACCACAAUCUCUCAGAGGAUAAUUUCAACUGGUGGAAGCACUUACAGUCUAAAAAUCCCACCUUCAGUGCCUUCAAAGAGGGCGUGAAAGGGAUGUUUCAGAUGUUCCCAAAAAACGCUGAACUUGAAGCAUCCAGCCCCGACCGCUGCAGGUCUUGUGCUGUGGUGGCGAAUUCUCAUAAUUUGAAGGGAUCACAUUACGGACCUCUUAUAGAUUUCCAGGACUUCGUCAUAAGGAUGAACAGAGGUCGUACCAAAGGCUUUGAAGCAGAUGUUGGGACCAGAACAACUCAUCAUGUCAUGUAUCCAGAGAGUGCUGUGAAUUUAGAGAACAACACACAUCUUGUGUAUUUUCCAUAUAAAAUACGGGAUUUUGUGUGGAUUACGAAGGCCCUCAACACAUCAAUGUCCAUGUGUUCGGUUAUGGAGCAGACAGUGAUGGAAGUUGGAGUCAUUACUGGGAAAAACUCAGAAACACGGGGUUCAAAACUGGAGGGCAUCCUGGAGAUGUAGAGUAUGCAAUGAUCAAGAAGCUUGCUCGGAAUGAAACAAUCAAGUUUUAUAGGGGUGGUUAACGUUCUCUCAGCAUUUAACGUAUUUAAGCCUCGACGUGAAUCACAUCCAGAGCAAAACAAGACUCAGAAGCCUUCAAGAGACGUCUCUUCUCAGACUCACCACCCUGCUGCACAUGUUCACCAUUUCCAAGAAUACAACUGAGUGAUCAAUGAUUUAAUCCAGAGGGAACUGUCACGACAUGUUGGGUGGACGUGACUCGUCCUGUCGAUGUCGUGCACCACGCUACCAGAACUGGUUCAUUGACAUUAACCACAGACAACUUCUCAUCCCAUGUAACGUGUGAGGUCCCAGGACAGAGGAUGUCGUAUGUUUACAGAUUGUAAAGCCCUCGGAGUGCAAAUCUUUCAAGUUGAUAUUUUGGCCUAUACAAAUUGAACAGCUGUUCUAAGCUGCCUUGUGUGUAUUUUUCUUUGUUCUUUCAUUAUUGUUUGUCAUUUGGUGAUGCUGAUGUUAAAUUACGCAAUGUGAAUGACGUAGUGAGUUCUGGGCUCUAUUUCUAAUAAUAGUAGAUCAUUUUCCGGAUGAGAUUACUACACAAGUCAGGCUUUUCGGUUCCACGAAGCAAGUUUGGCUAAAUCGCCAUAGCAACACAUCCAAAAAAUGUAACCUACUCCACCGCAGGCUAAUUCAAUCUAGCUGGAUAAACUGGCCACGCCCCCGGAAGAAAAUGGCCGCUCCCUUCCUCAGAGAUCGACAUUGAUUAAGGAGCGAUAUUAGUUAGAUUAGCGUUUUAUAGGGAGAGAGUU